CUCUGGCAACCUGCUGGCUCCCCACCCACCCAGGAGUGUCACGGUGUGCCAGUGAGAUUGUACUGCGUGUUGGGAAAUUGAUAGGAAAAAACUUCGUUUGACAGACUGAAACUUCCAUUUCGAAGGCCGGCCAUUCCAAGAGAUCGUCUCAUAUAUAGGCGUGUUUGCUGACCAUCCUGACGGCCGGGGGGCGACGGAGAGUGACAUGUCAGCAUCGGAGGCGGCAGAGAACCCCCAAGGGGUGCAAUAUGUCUUGGAUAUUCUUCAUAAAAGGCAAAGAGACUUGGAAUCUCAAAACUGGAUCGCAGCCGAGGUAGGCCGGCACCUUCAGCACCGCCUUCAGGAGAGCCACCCCUUCCUGCGCGGGGCCGAGUGGCAGCUCGUGGGCAGCGCCGCCGAGCACCUCAGUGUGUCCGAGGCUGACGACAAGGACCUCAUCUUCACGCUCGGACCUCCGUACACGCCGCAGUUCUUCUCGGCUGUCUAUAUGGGCUCUGGACUGUACCAGUUAAAGUGGAACAAAUCCUUUUGGAACGGCCGCCGUCCUCCGCACCUGACUUCCAAUGACUACCUUGUGGUUACGACCCUAAGGAAACAGGCAUAUGACUGCAUAAAUUCAGUUCUUGAGAAUGCCCAUAUCUCAAGAAUGAAGGUAAUAAAGGUGAUGUUGUGGAAACAGGCAGUGCGUGUGAUGCUGAGAGAUACAUCAACCAAAAAAAAACAUGUUGUAGAUGUCAUAUUACAAAUAGCAGGGGGUCAGUGGAACAACAUGCAAGGAUUGACAGAAUGGGAGAAUCUUCCUCCAGCACUGCAAGAUGUGAUCACUUCUUUGGAAACUGCAGGCCAACCAUCAAUCUCUUUUGGUCUUCAUGGCCCACCUGGGACUUCCAGCCUUACUGUUACUACCAGUUAUUCUGUUCUUGAAAGAGAAUUUUUCUUGGAGCAAGGCAAUGUUCGAGAUGCUGUACUGUUAGCCAAACUCAUUAUCUCAGGCCAUAAUUGGAAGAACAGAUUUGGACUCAAGGGUGCCCAUGUCAAGAGACUUGCCAUGAAGCACUUCAUGGUCCUCAGACACUGUUUACCAUGUUUGUAUCUUUAUGCUUGCAUUCUUUCAUCUAGACCAUUUGUGACUUUUACUAUUACUUCUGUUUAGUCCUGCCAAUAUCAG